AUGCACAAUUGCAGUCUCGAUGCUAAGAUCAGAGCUCAAGUUGUGGAGACACAGGCAGAGGCUAAGAAGAAACCUGCAGAGAAGAAGAAGGCAACAGCUGAUGGACCUAAGCCAAAGAGACUUAAAAAAACCAAUGAUGAGAAAAAGAGCUCUUCUACUUCAAACAAGCCUAAACGACCACUUACUGCUUUCUUUAUCUUCAUGAAUGAUUUCCGUAAAACUUUUAAAACAGAGCAUAAUGGUUCAUUUGCUAAGGAUGCUGCAAAGAUCGGUGGUGAAAAGUGGAUGUCUUUGACUGAGGAUGAGAAGAAAGUUUACCUAGAUAAAGCUGCUGAACUAAAGGCAGAAUAUAACAAGUCACUGGAAAGCAAUGAGGAAGAGUAA